AUGGCUGGACCUACACCUCUCAAGCUUGAUCCCGCUCUCGAGAAAUAUAAUCAACUCAACAAAGAGCGAUGGCGAUAUUUCCGGUGGACGCCACGAACAGCCUUCAUCUCGUUCAUGUACGCAAUCUUCGUUCCUAGUGUGGUCGGCUAUACAUUUGCAAAGACGGAUGGCAAAUGGGACAUGCGAGGCAAGCUGAGAGGAGAUACCAUCGCUGAAUUCUAA